AUGGCUUUGGGAAACCACACCACCAUCACUGAGUUCAUUCUUCUUGGACUGUCUGCCAGCGCCUUUGUCCAGGCUCUAUCCUUUGUGCUGUUCCUAGUAAUUUAUCUCCUGACCCUGCUGGGGAACUUGGCAAUGAUGCUGGUGAUCAGGACUGAUUCUCACCUACACACUCCCAUGUACUUCUUCCUCAGUCACCUUUCUUUUCUGGAUAUUUGCUUCUCUUCCACCACAGUACCCAAGAUGCUGGAGAUUCUCCUGUCUCAGAAGAAAACAAUCUCUGUGGGGGCCUGCCUAGCGCAAGUCUUCUUUGUGUUUGACUUGGGGGGCACUGAAGCCUGCCUUCUCUCAGUGAUGGCCUAUGACCGCUAUGCUGCCAUCUGCCACCCUCUGCUCUAUGGCCAGAAGAUGAGCAACCAGCUCUGUAAAGGACUGGUGUGGGGCUCCUGGAGCUUGGGUUUUCUGGAUGCAUUUAUCAACAUCCUUCUAGCUAUGGACUUAGACUUCUGUAGGGAUCAGUCCAUCCCCCACUACAGCUGUGAGCUGCCCUCUCUCUUUCCCCUUUCCUGCUCUGAUGUCUCCAUCAAUCUUACUGUUCUGCUCUCCUCUGGUCUCCUGCAUGGGCUUGGAACCUGUUUCCUGAUCAUAUUGUCCUACACUUUCAUUGUCUCCACCAUCCUGAGUAUCAGCUCCUCCUCAGAUAGAAUCAAGGCCUUCUCCACCUGUUCCUCCCAUCUCACUGCAGUGUUCCUGUUUUAUGGUUCAGCUUUCCUUCGCUAUAUCAUGCCAACCUCUGGCUCACCACUGGAGUUGAUCUUCUCUGUACAAUACAGUGUGAUCACCCCCUUAAUGAAUCCCAUCAUCUAUAGCUUGAAGAACAAUGAAGUGAAAGCAGCUAUGAGAAGGACCUUUAGAAAAUAUCUCCAGUGUUAG